GGCCCCGGAGCGGGCGCGGCGGAGCGGCGAGCCCGGCCCUCCCGCCGAACAUGCCGAGGCCGGCCCCGUUGGCGCGGGAGCCGGAGCAGGGGCCCGAACGGGCGCCGGAGCCCGAGCCGGACCGUGAGCGCGCGCGGGGCCCGGAGCGGGGGACGCCGCGCUGCUGAGGCCGGCCGCCGCCGCCCGCGGGCCCCAGGCGGAGCGCAGCUGGGCGCCACGAGAUCUGAGGCCGAGGGACCUUGCCAACAGCAUGCCUCUCCCCCGACGUGACCCUGAGGCCCCGAGAUGAGCACCACUGCAGGGCCCUCCAGAGCGCCCUUGUCCCACUAGCUCCCCUGCCGGGAGCCACAGGCCGCCCAGCCCACGCCGCUGGGCCCAUGGCGUGUUAACACGGAGCGGCGACCUCUGGUUCACAGACGGGCUUUGCACGCAGCAGAGUCACCGUGGAGAAGCCAGGGUACCACAAACUGAUGGAUCUUGACAAGAAAGGAGGGAAAGGGGAGCUGGAGGAGGGCCGGAGAAUGUCCAAGACCGGCGCGGGCCGGAGCAGCCAUGGCGUCCGGAGCUCGGGGACCAGUUCAGGGGUCCUGAUGGUGGGCCCCAACUUCCGCGUUGGCAAGAAGAUAGGCUGUGGCAACUUCGGGGAGCUUCGCCUAGGAAAGAACCUCUAUACAAAUGAGUACGUGGCUAUCAAACUGGAGCCCAUCAAGUCCCGGGCCCCGCAGCUGCACCUGGAGUACCGGUUCUAUAAACAGCUCAGCGCCGCAGGUAGGGGCAGGCCUUGGGGGGGCCGCGGGGCAGGGGCGGCCGGCGGCCAGCUGAGCACUGUCCCCUCGGCAGAGGGCAUCCCUCAGGUCUACUACUUCGGCCCGUGCGGGAAGUACAACGCCAUGGUGCUGGAGCUGCUGGGGCCCAGCCUGGAGGACCUGUUCGACCUGUGCGACCGCACCUUCACGCUCAAGACGGUGCUCAUGAUCGCCAUCCAGCUGAUCACGCGCAUGGAGUACGUGCACACCAAGAGCCUCAUCUACCGGGACGUGAAGCCCGAGAACUUCCUGGUGGGGCGCCCGGGGACCAAGCGGCAGCACGUCAUCCACAUCAUCGACUUCGGGCUGGCCAAGGAGUACAUCGACCCCGAGACCAAGAAGCACAUCCCGUACCGCGAGCACAAGAGCCUGACGGGCACGGCGCGCUACAUGAGCAUCAACACGCACCUGGGCAAGGAGCAGAGCCGCCGCGACGACCUGGAGGCGCUGGGCCACAUGUUCAUGUACUUCCUGCGCGGCAGCCUGCCCUGGCAGGGGCUCAAGGCCGACACGCUCAAGGAGCGGUACCAGAAGAUCGGGGACACCAAGAGGGCCACACCCAUCGAGGUGCUGUGCGAGAGCUUUCCAGAGGAGAUGGCCACGUACCUGCGCUACGUGCGGCGCCUGGACUUCUUUGAGAAGCCCGAUUAUGACUACCUGCGCAAGCUCUUCUCCGACCUCUUCGACCGCAGCGGCUUCGUGUUCGACUAUGAGUACGACUGGGCCGGGAAGCCCCUGCCAACACCCAUUGGCACCGUCCACACCGACCUGCCUACCCAGCCGCAGCACCGGGACAAAGCCCAGCCACACAACAAAAACCAGGCGCUGAACUCCACCAAUGGAGAGCUGAAUGCAGAUGACCCCACAGCCGGUCACUCCAAUGCCCCAAUCACAGCCCCCGCUGAGGUGGAAGUGACAGAUGAUACCAAGUGCUGCUGUUUCUUCAAGAGGAGGAAGAGAAAAUCUCUGCAGCGACACAAGUGACCGGGUGCCUGCAGCGCCUGCACCUACUGCGCGCAGCCUCUGGCUGAGCUUGUCCAGGAGGCCCGCGGCUCUCCACGGUGUCCGGGGCCAGAGCCCCACCGGAAGCCCAGGCAGACUGUGGGGGCCCGUGGACCGCAGGCCCCCACCCCCAGGACGUGGGGUCACUUCCUUCACUUAAGACUUCGGCCGAAAUGUCUACAGCUGUGUCUAGUCCUCCCCUUCGAGAGCAUUAACUAUUUAAAACAAGGAAACAAGGAAAAAAGAGCAGAGGCCUGCCCUGCCCCAGCCCUUCCCGUCUCCGUGGUGAUGAGUCGCGUGACCCUGGAGGCCCCCGGGCCACUCGUUAGCCUCAUAAAGCCCAGCUUGUCUCCCUCGAUCCAAAGCCCGUUUUCUCGAGGGGGGGCAGGCCCAGCCUGGGAGGGGCACAUGGGGUCAUCUUGCCAGGCCACCUAGGAGGGGGCCCAGGCGUUGCUGCCAGGGUGAGGCCACCCCCUGGGCCUCCCCCAAACCAAAGGGGAAGGUGGGGGCGGGGCUGCAGCUGAAGCCAG